AUGCCUGGGGCUAUGACGAUGGUCAAAUCUCGCACUGCGCCUACCGAAGAGGCCAUUUCAUUCCCGGUUUUGACAUACAGCGAUGCCGCGCCGCGAUCCGAUCUUUGCGAUAUCGAUGAAAGAGCCAAGCAUCAAGAGAAUCAACAAAGUCUCGCCCAGUUCGAAUUCCCUCGGCCCAGUUCUGGAGAUGGACGAUCAAGAAGAAAGCCGCCUCCGGGUACCGUUGCGACCUUUGACUUUCGAGUAACAGCGCCCCCAGAUGAAGUGGUUCCUUCACACGCCAUGUUGGACCGCAGUCCUAUCGGAGUUGGCAUUGCACUGGGUAGUCCAGGCAUGGUUGAUUCGAAGGAUAAUCUACCCCCACCGCGUUUCAAUACGUCCAUCUUUACGGAGCAGCAAAAGGGACAGUCGCAGCAGUCACAGCCACUCCGGAAGGCAAGCAAAUGGAAGAAGAUUGGAGGGUUAUUCAGGGCCAAAAGUGCACUUGCAUCUCCGACACGGCCAAGACCACCUCCAAUGACCUUGCCAAAUCAUGCCGCUGCGAUGGAUAAACAGACAAGCCAGAAAGCCGGAACUGAGGAAUGGCCGCGCAUCGAGUCCGAUCCCAAGUAUGCAACGACUAAAGCUGCUUCAACUACGCCGUCGCGCAGCCGCAAGUUUUCUUUAUCCAAUAAGAAGUCCCCAAAGGAAAGCAAUGGAGAUCUCGGACCUCGAUUGGAGAUUGAUAUUCCCGACGUCCAAAUGGAAAGGUACAGUGUGAUGUUCAGCAAUGUGAUGAAUAAGAAUCAGAGACCCUCUCUGCUGGCCAGGAGGAGUAAAACACUUGACAGCGUCCAAGUUCCACAUAACUCGGACUUCCUCGCUGCCAAAGUACCACCGGUUCCUCAACGCCGAGCAACUUCACCAGCACGUUCGAGCUUUACAUUGUUUCCCACUUCACAACCGUCAAAGGCUGCUCAAGUCCUCGGGACUCAGAACUUCUCUCGUGGCCCAAGCCCUUUGCUUCGAUCGAAUACACUCCUGCAGAGAGUCCAUCCCAAGCAUCCCCGAUGGAACCCCCCUCGACCAAUCCCUAAUAAUACUAGCGUUUCAUCGUUCGAAUCCUUGCCCAUCGCCAAUGUCUUUCAACGUUCACAUACCCCGCGCUCAUCUACGGCAUCUUCUCGCUAUGACGACAAACCAUUGCCUGCUAUUAAGCCCGAGCCGGAGACCCAGCCUUCAUCCGAAGAGACAACAGCGUCAAUAGUAACACAGAUAAUGACGCAGAAUCCUGUUGCCAUGCCAUCGAAGCCCCAAUCCCGAUCCCGAUCUCAAUCCCCAGCACCGGCCCCGGCCCCGGCACCAAGGACUCAACAGAUCCCCAGACAAAGGUCUUCGCCGCUCAAAAAUGAGAGAUCUUUACAGCAAGAGAAUCCUAGAGUUAACCGGCCAAACCUGACGAUUAAAACUGCUUCGACACCAAUCCCACAACCCCCCGCGAAAGACCUCCCCGUUCGAUCUUCCUCAAUCCCAGUUCCCGGCCAGCAAAUUCCCAAAUUGAUCACGGACCAGCCCACUAUAACAAUGUCUCCAUCCCCACUCUCGUCCGGUCCAAUGUCAGCAGUCUCUCCUCGACAGUCAUCCCAACCUGCGCGUAUACCUCUAUCGAAUGGCGGGAAAAUGAUCAAAACAGGGAGUGGGAAAACCCCAACUAUAGAAGUCUCGACCGCCAGGUCGGUUUCUGUUUCGAAAGGGAGAAGGCAAAUGCUCGUGCCCAUCGGAUCGCGAGCUGAUCAUUUUGAUUCGAAUGAGCGGCUCGUGGAGAGGAAGACUUUGACGCCGAGGAUUACCGAGGUAACCUCUGGACACCGGCCUGCGAAAUCUCAACAACUUCAAAUUGAGUCGCUGUGA